AUGAGACUUUUGGUGUUGCUGCUACUGGCUUUGGUGUCAGCGAGGGGUUUUCCGGAGAGGAGGGCGGAAAAAACUCAGGCACUGCAAGCUAGGAAGGAGCCGAAGGUGCGGGAGGUACAGAGGGAUUGCAAGGGGAAGUGCGCGACGAGUAUAGCGCAGAAGGCCGCGGCCGAAGCGAAAGCGGCCCAAGCAGCGCAGAACGCGGCCGGAGCACAAGCCGCGCAUAUGGUAAAGACUCAACUUGCGGAAAAAGCUCUUCAAGCAGCUAAAGCGGCUGAGGCGGCGCUAGCUGGUAAACAAGCUGUCGUAGAACAACUCCAACAAGAGGUGAAAGAAGCAGAGGCUGUGGUAGCAGAGAACACAGCUGCUGUCCACCAACAACAAGGGACUGUUAAUGCGGCUGUGGAAGCGGCACAGCAAGCUACAGCUCAGCACAAGCUAUUGGUACAAGCUACUCAACUAGCAGCACAGUUAGAAAAAUCCGUUCAUUGUGUCCUUGAAAAAACGAAAUAUGGUCUUCAGGAGAAAUGCCAUAAUCUGUCAGAAGCGAGAGCUCGAUUAGCUCAAUUACAGCAUAAGCUACAAUGUGCUUGCGCUGAAUGCUCGGCCACUAAGCAAGCAGCGCACUGUGCUUGCGAAGCAGCCAGAGCGGCUUGUGGGAAUGCUCGAAGGAAGAAGCAUAUUAUAAAACAUAAUGCAAUAGCGUCGAAACAGGAUAAGCAGGGACGAUGA